CUCGAAACCGCCGGGCCUGAAGCGGGCGCUCUUCCAGCCUGGAGAAGGCUGCGGGUCUCCAACCGUGGCGCCUCGCCAGCUGCAGGACGACGCGGGCUCGUGAGGGGCAGAGCAGCGCAUCAUGCAGGAGUCUGUCCCAGCUAAGAAGUCAGAAUGAUAGAAAAUUAUCUGAGGUGGAACCAAAGGGUUUGGUCCAUCAAAGGAUGGGAGAUGAAUAGGAGGGUGAACCGGAGGAUCCCAAUGAAGAUACAGAAUGGAAUGACAUUUUAAGAGAUUUCGGCAUUCUUCCUCCUAAAGAAGAGUCAAAAGAUGAAAUUGAAGAAAUGGUUUUACGUUUACAGAAAGAAGCAAUGGUGAAACCAUUUGAAAAGAUGACUCUUGCACAGCUAAAGGAAGCUGAAGAUGAAUUUGAUGAAGAAGAUAUGCAGGCUAUUGAAACAUAUAGAAAGAAGCGGUUACAGGAAUGGAAAGCUCUUAAGAAAAAACAAAAAUUUGGAGAAUUAAGAGAAAUUUCUGGAAAUCAGUAUGUGAAUGAAGUCACAAAUGCAGAAGAAGAUGUGUGGGUUAUAAUUCAUCUAUACAGAUCAAGCAUCCCAAUGUGUUUGUUGGUUAACCAGCAUCUUAGUCUUCUAGCAAGAAAGUUUCCAGAAACGAAAUUUGUUAAAGCCAUCGUGAAUAGCUGUAUUCAACACUACCAUGACAAUUGUUUACCAACAAUUUUUGUUUAUAAAAAUGGUCAGAUAGAAGCCAAAUUCAUUGGAAUUAUAGAAUGUGGAGGGAUAAAUCUCAAGCUAAAAGAACUUGAAUGGAAGCUAGCAGAAGUUGGAGCAAUACAGACUGAUUUGGAAGAAAACCCCAGAAAAGACAUUGUAGAUAUGAUGGUAUCUUCAAUUAGAAACACUUCUAUUCAUGAUGACAGUGAUAGCUCCAACAGUGAUAAUGAUACCAAAUAGAGAGAAAUAUUCAAUAAAUAGCUUUUAGUAUAUGUGUACUGAA